AUGAGAACUAUUUUGCUUUCAUUCCUUCUCUGCUACUGCUUCAUUCAUCUCACUGUUGUUGUCUCUGUCAAAUGUCUCCAAGAUCAACAAUCAUUGUUGCUUCAAUUAAAAAGCAAUCUCACAUUUGAUCCUCAAUUUUCCACCAAACUAAAAAUGUGGAAUGAAAACACCCCUUGCUGUAAUUGGAGUGGUGUAACGUGUGAAAAUGAGGGAAAUGUUAUUGGCCUUGACCUUAGUGAAGAAUAUAUCUAUGGUGGAUUUGAAAGUGCAAGUAGUAUUUUUUAUCUCCAAUAUCUCCAAAAACUGAAUUUGGCUUAUAACAAUUUCAAUUCUCCCAUUCCAUCUGGAUUCAGUAAGUUGGUGAUGUUGAGUUAUCUGAAUUUGUCAAAUUGUUACAAUGUGGGGAAUAUUCCUAUGGAGAUUUCAAAGCUUACAAGGUUAGUUACUCUUGACCUCUCUUCUUAUCGUAACUUUUCAAAACAACAAGUCCCGAGAAUCUACAACCGAAAUCUACCAACAUUUCUCCAAAAUCUAACCAGUCUUAGGCAACUGUAUCUAGAUUAUAUAAGCAUACCAACUAUGGGACACGAAUGGGGAAAUGCUUUGUUGCCGCUGCGUGACCUGCAAGAGUUGAGCAUGUCUGGCUGUGAUCUAUCAGGACCUCUUGAUUCUUCCCUCACAAAACUAGUGAACCUAUCCAUCCUUAUUCUUAAUGGAAAUAAUUUUUCAUCCUCGGUUCCAGAAACAUUUGCCAAUCUGAAAAAUCUAACCACCCUCAGUCUUUAUGAUUGUAAACUCUAUGGAACAUUUCCUAACUCAUUGUCAAACCUCACAUACCUUACCUACCUAGACCUUUCUCAUAAUAAUUUAAGUGGUCAAAUUCCACGUUCAUUGUCAAACCUCACACACCUUACCUACCUAGACCUUUCUCAUAAUAAUUUAAGUGGUCAAAUUCUUUCAUCCCUUUUUACACUCCCAUUAAUGGAGGUGAUUGAUCUUUCCUUUAACAUGUUGAAUGGGCCACUGCAUCUAGAUGAGGUUUUGAAGCUUAAAAAUUUAUAUAGACUUGGCCUUUCUCACAACAACAUAUCAGUUAUUGAGAAUGUUACAAAUGUUGAUUUUUCUUUAAUACCAAACUUUAAUGUUUUGGGUUUGGCAUCCUGCAACUUAAAAAAUUUCCCAAGUUUUUUGGUAAAUCAAUCCACAUUGACUAAUCUAGACCUUUCAGAUAACCAAAUCCAAAGAGAAAUACCAAACUGGUUUGGCAAUCUACAAGAUCUUCAUUCACUUAAUAUUUCUCACAACAAACUGCAGGGGUCAAUAUCUGCUUUCCCCAAACAAGCUUCUUUUUUGGACUACUCAAACAAUCAUUUUUCUGCUUUCCCGCAAGAUAUUGGUAGUUCCCUAUCAUACAUGAAUUUCCUAUCUUUUUCUAACAAUAAUAUACAUGGAAGCAUCCCUGAUUACUUAUGCAAUGCUUCGCAAUUUCAAGUUCUUGACAUUUCCUUCAACAACUUUUCUGGAACAAUUCCUCCAUGUUUAAUCACAAUGACUACCCUUGAAGUAUUAGAUUUGAGAAAUAAUACUCUCACUGGCCCCAUACCAGAUAUGUUUCCAAAUUCUUGUUCUGUAACCCGAUUGAACUUCCAUGGAAAUCAAUUACAAGGGCCAAUUCCCAGGUCUCUAUCCCACUGCUCAUCAUUGGAGUUAUUGGACAUUGGAUCAAAUCAAAUGGUUGAUCAUUUUCCAUGCUUCUUAAAUGACAUACAAACACUUAGUGUCUUGGUUAUGAGGAACAACAGAUUUUAUGGAUCCAUAGAAUGUUCGGAAAAUAAACCUUGGAAAUCGAUUAAAAUUGUGGACAUUGCUUUCAACAACUUCAAUGGAAAACUACCUAGAGAGUAUUUUACAACCUGGGACAGAAUGAUAUAUGAUGAAUAUGUUGCACUUGGCAUCAACUACAUGAUGUCACGGUACUACCCAUAUUAUCACGAUAGUGUUACAGUUACAUGUAAAGGCCAACGACAGGAUUUGGUUAAAAUUCUAACAAUUUUCAAAGCCAUUGAUUUCUCAUCCAAUUUUUUUGAAGGACCAAUACCCGAGUCUUUGAUGGACUUGAAAGCCCUUUAUAUUUUGAAUUUUUCAAACAAUGGUCUUUCAGGUGAAAUCCCAUCUUCGAUAGGGAAUCUGAAACAGUUAGAGUCCUUGGACUUUUCAAAUAACUCCUUGGUUGGUGAAAUUCCAGUGCAACUAUCAAGUUUGUCCUUUCUUUCUUAUUUGAACCUUUCUUUCAAUCAUUUUGUGGGGAAAAUCCCAACAGGUACUCAACUUCAAUCAUUUUCAGCUUCUUCCUUUGAAGGAAAUGAUGGACUAUAUGGUCUUCCAUUGAAUGAAAUACCAGAUGGUAAAACCAAGGACUUGCAUUCACAACCAGCAUGUGAAAGACUAGUUUGCUCAAUAGACUGGAACUUUUUAAGUGUUGAAUUGGGAUUUGUUUUUGGACUCGGAAUGAUCAUUGGUCCUGUCAUGUUUUGGAAGAAAUGGAGGGUAGGUUAUUGGAAACUUGCGGACAAAAUUCUCUGCAGGAUUUUUCCAUGGAUGCAUCUUGAAUAUGCAACUGACAGAGGAAAAACAUACAUUGUUUUAAGGUGGUAGUUGCAUUAGGAUCUAAUGUGUGUGCUAAUUAGUAUAAUAGUAUUUUAUAUUUCUGCAUUUGUUGUUGUUUAUGCAUAAUUCUAUGUGAUAAUAUAUAACACGCUUUUAAUAUUCCCGUAAAGUGUGGAAGACUAGUUUCUGACUUUCUAAUUUCUGCAAAUUAUUCUACAGCCUUUGUUGAGAUCUGAACGUUUUGAUAUGUAAAUUAAUGUCCAUUCUAUUUAUGCAUUAUAUCCAUUACUCCGCAAUGCUGCAUUUCUCCAUAAUACAUGUUUUAGUUUUUGCAAUUCUGGUUUGAAGUAAAUAUCCUGCCAUUGAUUUGGAUGCAACACAUUUGAUGGACUAAUACCUCAAAUGCUUAGAGACAACU